AACGUGCGCAAACAAAAACGUGCUCAGCACAGAUUGCUCAGAGACAUGAAUAUUAAAUGCACUGAACAACCUACGCAGUAUUUGAUGAUAUGCAAUGGAGGCUUAGUUACUGGUAUCAAGAGGGAAACUUUGCAAUGUGUAUUAGAUACAUUGAUCUCAAAGUAUACUCUGGUAAUGCCAGUAGGCAAAUCAUAUUGUUUUGUAACGUGUAACUCAAAGGAGGAUGCUACAUGCAUAUACAAUUACAUUCAUGGACGUAUUAAACUUCCAGGUCAGAAUGGUCCAUUAUAUGUAUGCUAUACUGAAACAGUUUCCAACACAGAGUAUAUUGCAUCUGAUUCUGCAUUUCCUCCUGGUCUUACAUUAAUAGAGAAUUUUAUAACUGAAGAACAAGAGGAAACUUUGUUAAAAACACUCAAUUGGGACGAAUGUGACUCUGUUUUAUCACAACUAAAACAUAGACAGGUGAAACAUUUUGGGUAUGAAUUUGAAUAUGGCACUAAUAUGAUCAAUCCUGACAAGCCUAUCGCGCCGAUACCUCAAGACUAUAAAUUUCUACAGAUUCUAUUUGAUAAACAUGGCCAUAAAUACAUAUAUGAUCAGCUGACUAUCAACAAAUAUUUACCUGGACAAGGCAUACCAUCGCAUAUUGACACGCAUAGCAUUUUCGAAGACACGAUAUUAUCUUUGUCACUGGGAUCUGCAUGUAUUAUGAAUUUUAAGAGAAAUAAUAAGAAGAUCGAUAUUUUUCUACCAGCUAGAUCUUUAUUAAUUAUGUCAGGAGAAGCAAGAUAUGCGUGGAUGCAUGGCAUCUGUCCUCGUCAUAAUGAUAUAAUCAAGACAGAAAAUGGAACAACGACGCGAGAACGUGGUACUAGAGUAUCUUUCACCUUUAGAAAAGUGCGACGAGAUGAUUGUUGUUGCGACUUCAAAGAACACUGUGAUACGAAUAAAGUUACUUUCACUGAUAUCAAAACUGCAUCAGGAUUGGAAAAUUCAUACGUACAUAAGGUUUACGAGGAAAUAUCGAGUCACUUUAGUGAAACACGACAAAAACCAUGGCCUAAUAUAACUAAAUUUCUCGAAAGUUUAGAAAAAGGUACAUUGCUGUUGGAUGUGGGAUGUGGAAAUGGCAAAUAUCUUUGUGAAAAUUGGAAUAUAUACAAGAUGGGAUGUGACCGUAGCUCUGGAUUAAUAGAUAUAUGUCGUAAACGAGGCUUUGAAGUCCUUCAUUGUGAUUGUCUACAUUUGCCAUACAGAGAUGAUUCCAUGGAUGCGGUAAUUAGCAUCGCAGUAAUUCAUCAUCUGUCCACUCAAAAACGGCGACUACGCGCCAUUUCCGAAAUGAUUCGAAUAUUAAGACCGAAAGGAAAGUGCCUGAUUUAUGUAUGGGCGAAAGAACAGCGUAAAAAUUCUGUGGAUUCGUUUUAUCUGAAAUAUGGCAAAAGAAACAAAAAGACAGAAAGCAAGGAAACUGAUCGAAGCGAAUCAAUUAAUUACAAGAAAAUCACCGAAUGUAAUUUAACGCUACCGAUUCACGAAAACGGAACGAACUUUGCUCAUAAUGAUAUGUUGGUCCCUUGGACGAAAAAAAGCGGCGAAUGCCAUUUAAGAUAUUAUCAUGUAUUUGAAGAAGGUGAACUUGCAAAACUAUGCACAGAAAUAUCUACUGUUUCGAUUAAAGAGAUUUACUAUGAUCAAGGCAAUUGGUGCGUAAUUUUGGAGAAAUGUACAAAUGUUGUGGAAUAAAAA